AUGUCAGACUAUCAGGAUGCCCAGAGUUUGGAUCUUCCGUUGUUGCCGAGCGAGCUCUUUUGGAUGGUCUUGGACCAUCUUGGGCCCAGGGAUAUAGUCCGUUGUCGACGCGUCUCACGGUUGUGGAACGAGGCUUUCGGAGAUCCAUCAAGUUUGAUGCCGCUAUUGAAGAAGUUGUUCCCGCAAGCAAGCGAGAUCAGGGAUCUCUAUUCUGGCCAUGGUCUGCUGGAAAACUCAACGAACAAUGAAUGGCGCUCACUGUUCGAUCGAGUCGCCUUGAGGUAUCAUCACCUCAGUCGUGGAAAGCCCAAGUCAAUUCAGAGGCUCAAUCUGUGCGAUGAAUUUGGUAUCUCCGGCGAGAGAGAAUGGUUUCAGGUCCAACCUUGGGACAUCCAUGCCAGUCAUCUUAUGCAGCGUGUCGAUCUGCCAUUUUCCGAGUCCUUUUGGUCCUAUGAUGGCGGACUUUUGGUGUACCCAAGCGCGGACCACGCCUGUUUAGUCCUUAUGGACCUCGAGAGCGACAGAAAGUUCAUGGUACCAUUUAUCAUCACAGGCAAGGUAAUACGCAGAGUUAGGCUACAGCGACUGGUCCUCGUGGUUGAGUGGGCAGAACCGAAAGCCUUCCACUGGCUGAACGACAGCGACGGCGUUCAUCGCCACUUUGCUUCAUCAUUCGACGUGAGCAAGACAUCAAGCGGCUGGAGCAUAACCUUCCGCAACGAGUGGAAGAUCAUGUUUCUUGGUCAUCCUCUUAGCGAAAGAGACCGCUUUUACUCAACCCAUAGUCAGACUCAUUAUGCCAUCUAUAUCUGGCAGCCCAAUCGCAGCCUAUACACCGCGGAUGACGAUGCUCCGAUAGAGUCGUUGUCGGUUUGGGAUAUUUCCAAGCCUUCCUCGUAUAGGCCGUCGUUGGAUCCAACCGGGCGCUUGCGGGUAGAGGAGGAAGAUACAGGCCCCUCCAUCGUUUCACGGUUCGGCUUCAGGGAGCUAGGGUUUUACUCUGUCAGGCAACGAGGCCUUCCAGGCAUACAGUGGCUGAACAUCACGGAAGACAACCAGUCGAUAGAGAUAUAUGAGAACCUAUGCACAGGUCCCGUGGAUCGAUUUGUUGGGCCCGCGGAAUGGACGUCGCAAGUCCAGAUGACGAGCAUCCCGGUCAAUGGCUACGGGCCAUGCUGGAGACAAAAUAUUGACCUUGUCCUACCACCGUAUAGAGGGAAUGGUAGCUUACAGGCAAGCCCAUUGACUCUUCAAGUCUGCGACGAGCCGUGGUAUACCAUCAUCUCAGAGUCAUCUGAUGAAAAAGCUCAAGUAGGCUUUUGCCUUCAUCUUUCUCAGGCCACAUGGCCGUUUGACUUGAAAGCUUCACUGAGCAUCCGGACACCGUCCUCGGCUAUUACUUUGAAGAACUCAGACAUUUUUGAGCUUACGGGCAAAGGAAAGAUAUGUGGAACCGAGCGGUACCUCCUGGGUGAGAAUGGAAAUCGCGAGCUGGUCAUUUACCGGUUUGAUAGGUAA